AAGUUGCCGAUUUUGGAUUUGCAAGGCUUGGAGAUCAGGACUCUGAUAAAACACAUAUUUCAACCAAAGUGAAAGGGACAGUCGGUUACCUCGACCCUGAGUAUAUGAAGACUUAUCAACUCACCCCAAAAAGCGAUGUGUACUCAUUUGGGGUUUUAUUAUUGGAAAUUAUGACGUGCCGUCGGCCUUUAGAGUUGAACAGACAUGUUGAUGAGAGGGUGACGCUUAGAUGGGCCUUCAGAAAUUACAAUGAAGGAAAUGUCGCGGAGAUGUUGGACCCUCUAAUGAACGAAGCAGUAAACGAGGAGAUACUGUUGAAGAUGUUUGGUUUGGCAAUUGAUUGUGCAGGACCCAUGCGAUCAGAUCGCCCGGACAUGAAGACGGUGGGGGAGCAGUUGUGGGGAAUUAGAAUGGACUACCUAAGGAGAGGAAGGAGACAGUAGUAAGUGCAAAUUGGGGGUCGCUUUUCAAAUCUAGUUGUAUUGUAUUAGUAGUAAAGAAAAUACAUCUUUUCACAAAGCAUACUUGGCCUUCUCUUUGUUCUUAUUCCAUUUCUUACUUAUUCUAAGUUACAUGUUUGUGUUGUUUCUGAGUUAUGACGCCAUGCAUUAACAGAUCAUAUCCUCCACUUGAAGGUUGUUUCAGACAUGGUUUACUAGGAAAUGCAAGCAUAUCAUUG